AUGUCGUCUGCUCACAAGCUCACACCCACCGAGCACUUCAACAAGGUUGCAGAAAAGUAUGAGGCCACUACUGGCGGAGCUACCCGUGAACUCGCACAUCAUGCCAUCUCCUCCAUCGCGGCCCUAAAACCGCUGACAUCCGAGUCCAAGAUCCUCGACAACGCUUGCGGCACCGGCAUCGUGACCGACAUCAUCCUCAAGUCCGGGAUCCAACCUGAGACUCACGCCGUCGAUGUCGCGGAGAACAUGGUCAGCAUCGCUAGGGAUCGGUUUUCUGCCCACUCAAACGUCCACACGGCCGUUAUGACUGGCGAGGAACUCUCCUUUCCUGACGGCACCUUCACCCACUCCAUUACGAACCUUGGCCUUAUGUACUUCACCGACGCGGUAAAGGGCGCCAGAGAGAUAGCGCGUACACUUCAUCCCGACGGAGUGGCCGUCGUCACAGGCUGGACCGUGAUGGGACAUAUCAAGAUCAUUCAGGAGGUUCAGGCGCAGAUACGCCCAGACGAUACGCCGUUCAAGCCGCCGGUUCCAGACAUCUGGCUCGACCCUGAGCAUACAAAGGCCGUGCUGUUAAGUGCCGGGCUCGAUGUGCACACCAGCACUGCAGUUGACGUGCAUCUGGGCGGCGAGACGGCCAACGGAGUCGCUGAUCUUUUAACCCACGGGUUCGGCUCGAAAGUCUUUAAGUCUUGGAGUGAGGAAGAAAGGGAGAGGGGCGCUGAGAUGAUAAAAAGGAUUGUGCGGGCGCGAGCGGUCCCAUUUACUAGACCCUCAGGCUCUGGUGUUGGUAUUAAGGCGACAGGAACUAUCUUUGUUGCACACAAGGGAUCUGGCUGUAUACCAGCUUCAUGA